GCUGUUGCCAUGGCGCCUGCGUUCCCGGCAUGCAUCGCGGCGGUCCCGGGGACUACAGCUCCCGGCGUGCCCCGCGACGGAGCCGAGAUCCCAGUUUCCAGGAUGGGGAGUGCCGUGGGGCAUUGGGCCCUGCUGGCCCUGCUGCUGUGGAUCCCAUUUUUCACGGGAUCCGCAGGGGAUGGAGCCAAGGAUGGCCAGGAGGGAUUCCAGGGACAUGCCACCACCUCCGAUGACAUGCUGCUCCGUCUGGGAAUAUCCACUUGGGACACCCUGGAAAACUGGGUGGGACCCCAGCCCCUGCGGACGGUGGCGGAGAGCCUCUCCACCACCCUCUGGAUUGUUUCCUCUGGGAUCUCGGCAGCCUUGACCACACUCUGUGGUAUCCUGGGGGAUCUCCUGGCUGCUUUCAGCAUCAAUGGCCACUGGCUGGUCCGAGCAGCAGCACUGGCUCCCAGAGAAGUCCAGCGGGUGCUUCUGUGGGCAGUGGCCGCCCUGGUGGGAUCCUGGGUGCUAUCCCGGCUUCAAAGGCUGCUGCUCCCGCUGCUCCGUGGGAUGAAGCUUUUCUUUUUCCUUGGAGCCUUCCUGCAUGUGGCUGCUUCCCAGGAGAGGCCCACAGUGCAGGCGGGAAUGCUGCUGGGCCUGUGGGUGCUCUAUAGCCUCGUGGGCAGCCUGAUGCCAUCCCCGGAUUCCAGCAGCCGGCUGGAUGCAGCUGUGCGGAGCCUGGAGUGGAAGGUGGAGGAGCUGCGGCGGCGCCAGAAGUUUGGGGGGCCCCGGAACCGGGAGGAUUGAGCCCCACUAAAGCAUCCCCAAAGCUUGGCUCUGUUAUCCCAAGCAUGUGUCCCCCUGCUCUGCUGAGCCCCCACGCCCCCUCCUCUGCUUCCUGGUUCUCCCAGGGGUCCUGGGAACCCCCAUCCCUCUGGGAGCACCCCAAAAUUGGGGGUUUGCCACACAUGCCACAAGUGCCUUCACCCCAAAAGCCCCCACGAGCCCUGAAUGUGGGAGAAGAGCUCCCAUAUUCCCUGCUUGCCAGGGAUGUUGUCCAAGCCCAGCUGGCUUGGGGUGCAGAGGGAAUCCCAUUCCCCAUCCUGAGGGGUCUGCUUAUUUUGGGGUCCCUCAACUGUCAGGUUUUGGGUUUUAAGCUGCUUUUUAAACGGUUUUGAUAACGUGGUUUGGAAUAAAGACGGAUUUAUCCA